AUGUCCGUUAUAAUUUCUGCAAAGUUCGCUCACGAUGCUGUUUUUUUCUCUGGAGAACCUUUUCAGUGCACAAUCACGUUUACAAAUCCUCUUCCUGCCGCUCAUAAGAACAACGAUGCUUCAACAACAAUGGAAACACGGUACUCCAACGAACUGGGUCCUCCACCACCAUUGCCACCACCUAAACUUACAAAUGGUUUCUCUGCUCAUCACAAUGGUUCAAAGAGUGAUCCGAAAAAUCCGAUUAAAAAGAAUAGUCCAAAACAAGCGCAGAAUGGAAGCCCACUUUCAGUUAUUGUCGAGAAUCCCUCAACACAAAAUAGCCUUGCUGGCGAUUUAGGAGAUUCUGGGAUUUUUGGUUUCAGGAGUUUAGUAAAAAGAUCGGCCUCGUUGACUGCAAUAGCUUCUUCCACUUUCUCUCUAUUGACGGGAAUUGAAUCGAGCCCUGCGUCUCCGAUUUCUCCUCCCUCUACAGCUCCAACCGCGUUUCCCUUACCAAUACAAAACCCUACAACCACAAAAACGGAAAAAAUGAAAAUGGAGAUCAUUUAUGAUUCGCAAAGGCAAAAUAUCAAGCCUCCAUCUCAUUUAGAAAAUUAUUCAGACACUGAGACGGAAACAGACGAUGAUUUUGGAUUCAUAAAUUUACGAAAAGCAGAUAGUGCUGGUAGUGAUACAAUGUCCGUGGAUUUAGAUACACGAGAAUCAACGCCACGCAGUUCAACGGAUUUUUAUGGACUUGGGAAUAAUUCAGAAAGAAAUUGGGCGGGUGGUGGUGGUAGUCUCUAUGGGGGAGGAGAUAAUAAAGGACAACAGCAGCAAAAUAAAAGAUAUAGCACGAUGUCGAAAUGUAGCUCGUCACCAUCUCUAACACAAAAAUAUGAAACAUUAUUAUGGAGCUUUGCUCAAAUUGUUGGACAUUUUAUUGUUGAUGAUAAUAAAACAGUGCCAGUUUUCUCAACACCUCCUUCAAUUUUGUUUGUUGACUUGCACCUAGCACCAGGAGAAACACGAACUUAUACUUAUGAGACAAAGUUGCCAAAUGAUUUGCCUCCUACACAUCGUGGGAAAGCCAUACGAUUUCAUUACAACUUAAUAAUAGGGACGCAUCGAGGGGGAAUGAAUCAUCAAUCACAUAUUGUACAGUUACCGUUUCGAGUAUUCAAUCAUGUCUCUGAUGAUGCGAUAAUAACGUGUAUGGAAAACAAACAGCCGUUACCUAAACCUGUAAAGAAAAAAAAGGACAAACGACGUGCAGAGUUUCUGGACUACGUCGAGAGACUAGUGGAAGCUUCUAAUGAAAGAGAAACAAAAACUUUAUCUAAUAAUAAUCAUGGUCUGGAAUCUAGUGAGCAGAAAACUAUCAGUAAUAAACCUCCACAGCCACCACCAUCUCAUCAUGUUAGUUUGGAGAAUCAGCAAAAGUCUUGUGCGAAUACUAUUGCAAUUUUGGCUAAAAAUAUGCGUAAAGCCAAUUACGAUAUUUGUAAAAAUAACGAAAGAGUCGCACAAUUGUGCCUUUUGAAGACAUCAUAUCGGUUAGGUGAUGUAGUUAACGGGGUCAUAAGUUUUGUUAAUUUCGUAAUACCGAGUUAUCAGGUAUCUAUCACGUUGGAGAAUAGCGAACUCGUAGAGCCCACGAUUGCAAAUCGCCCGCAGCAUCAGAUUUCGCGAUUAACGCGGAAAAUACAUGGAGAGCAUCACGAGUUCUGCUUGAAUUCGCGUAGAAUAAGUUUUUCUAUCACGAUACCGACAACCAGUACACCUGAUUUUGCUACAACGGGAGUAAAUUUGCAAUGGGGACUACGUCUUGAAUUUAUCACCGGUCCAAAGGAUAAACCACCACUGCUGGCAUUCAACGCAGACGAUCGUCAUCAAUACUAUCAAGCUGUGUCAGAAGUUAAUGUUGAAACGUUUGAUUGUUUUAUCCCAAUCAAAGUUUAUCCUACUUUAUAUGAAUCCGCGCGAGCAUUUUCUUCACAACAUACUUUUACUGUAUCAUAG